GCGGUGCGGGGCGGAGCAGGGGGCGGUGCGGCGCGGCGGGGAGCGGAGCGGAGCGGGGAGGCGGGAGGCGGGCGCUGUCCAUGGCCCUCGGAGCGCCCCGGGCUCCGCCGCGCCGCCGAGCGGAGCGAUGGGCAACACGGUGCACAAGACCCUGGCAGACACAAGCCACCCGACCCGCUCUGUCUCCAGCCGCCCCUACUACAGCUUGCCCAACAGCAGCCAUGAGAGACGCUCGGUCCUCGCUAUCACGGAGCCGCCGCGUUUCCAUUCCCAAGCCAAAGGCAAGAACGUGCGUCUGGAUGCGCACUCCCGCAAGGCCACGCGGAGGAACAGUUUCUGCAACGGAGUCACCUUCACCAACCGGCCCAUACACCUCUAUGAGAAAGUCAGGCUGAAGCUGGUGGCUGUGCACCACGGCUGGAGCGGAGCCCUGCGCUUUGGCUUCACCAUUCAUGACCCAUCGCAGAUGAGCUCUGACGAGAUACCAAAGUACGCCUGUCCAGACCUAGUGACCCGACCUGGAUACUGGGCCAAAGCUUUGCCGGAGAGGUUUGCUGUGAGAGACAAUAUCUUGGCCUUCUGGGUUGACCGUCAUGGGAGAGUCUUCUACAGUAUUAAUGAUGAGGAGCCAAUAUUGUUUCACUGUGGUAUUAAAGUUUCCGGCCCCCUCUGGGCACUCAUAGAUGUCUAUGGAAUUACCCAUGAAGUGCAAAUACUAGGUAAGUGUGUGUUUUGGCCCGUGGGUUGCUCUUCUGUUGGUUUUGUACCUCAAAUUAACCAUUUUUCUUUUGCCAGCAGUGGGGAUCCAGAAAGUAAUAUAUUUCAGAGAUGUCAGUGAUGGAAAUCCCUAAGGCUGUGAGUCGUAGCAGUCACGUGAAGGGAUAAAUGGAAAUCUUUACAUGUAACUUUAUCCAGCUUUUUCUGAGCUAAAUAUGGUGCUAUGGCAUGGAAAAACAUGGUGCUGCUUUACAGCAAGGUCCCAGGGAUUGAGGAGACAAAGGUGACCAGUUCUGGCUUCCCCUGUUCUUUCCCAGCUACCAGGUACUGUUAGUCUACUGGAAAAUUACCACCCAUUCCCCAAGAGCUUUGUGGUGCUUUUCCCCAGCCCCUUUCUCAGCCCUUGGCCUUGGUCCCUGCCUGGGCUGGCAGUUUAACAAGCUGUGUUUGCAGGUGAAACCCAACUUACCCUUCCCUUACACAUGGGCAUCUCUCUAUGUCUGCAAAGCACUGACUGCAGCACAGGAUACAGCCCACCAGCUGAAGUGUGAUGAGAAAAUGUAGUGUGAGCUCCUGUGUGCUUUGGGAUCCUUGCCACCAUGGGCCAUAUUUGCUCUCACCCCUAAGCAGAUUGCUGCAUUCAGGUGGUGCCUAGCUGAUUUACAAGCACCAUCCCUGGGGAAGGCUGCAGGAGGUGAUGAAUUUGUUCCCAUCAGCAAACCGAGCCAAUUGCCGUGGAAUGACUUUCCUUUCAUGACUUUUACAGCACUGAAGUUUCAAAUGAAUUCAGUGUCAGAUGGAGUGUUUUGAACUGGUCUAAACCACAGGGAAUCCUUUUAAAAUACAAGAGUGCUGCCAUUUCCCAGAGGCUCCAAGGAGCUGAUUUAGUUUUAACAGCCAAACUACGCUGCACCUGCUCGAGGGGAUGGUGCCUCCAUCCUCACACGCAGCAGACACCAGCCAUAAGCUGUGAAACGGUUAGUCCAGUGGGCAGGCAGCUUCAUCACAUAUUCUUCUGAAUGGUGCCAAUUAUUUUGUGGGCGAGAAGGCUACACAUAAACAAUACUUUGCCCUGCCUGCUCUGCCUCAAAUGUGUAAUUAAACCUUACCAGCAGCUUAUCCUGUAAUUGCACUUGUGACACACUCCAGUCUCUGGUGCUCAUCACAGAGGUGAAGGAGCAUUUGCUGUGUUGGCCAGUGCAGCUGCUUCUGGCCAAUAGAGAGUGGUCCUUCUUCCUCAUUUCAUUGUAGUUAGAGAAAUAAAAUGCAGCUUGCUUCUGCCCCCUCUCCCACCAGUCCUCCCUGCCACAUCACUUAUGCAGAGGGAAGGACUCAGUCUGAGGGCACCAGUACUCUGAUUUGUGAUGUGUUUCUUCAAUCAAAGUGCCCAGCCCCACAAACUGCUGCAGGAAUCAGGGCGAUGCUCAGCUGUGGUACCAGGAGACCCAGCCUCCUUGCUACAGAUGUGAUGGUGUUAUAGCAGACAUGUUUCUUUCACUGUCUCUUCCUCAUAAAAUUUUGCAAGUCGAGAAAGCCAUGAAAUGCACAGGUCACAAAAUGCAUCUUUCAGCAGCACGAAGCUUGGGCAUGUUUUACUCCUCUGUGGAGCAUUUCUUGACAGAUAUCUUGUACUUGCUGGGAGCAUCUGGUCCAGCCAUCAACUGACACCAGGGCCUGUCCUGAAUGGGCUUCUGAGCAAAGGCAGGCCCUACUUUGAAACUGAUGGAUGGAUCUGGGUGGUUUUCCUGCUGGUGAUUUUCUCCUCCAAGGAGCAGGCAGU